AAUAAACAGUUAUCUAUAUUCACAGAUAUAAUAUACAGUAUAUUAUUAUCAAUAAAUGAGACAAUGAGUAGUAAUAUUAGUGUAUCUCAUGAGGGACUCAAAGUGUUGUCAAAGAGAGGUUAUAAAAACUUUGCAAAAUUGGAUUCCGGAGGUCAGGGAAAUGUGUAUAAGACCAGCAAAAAUGAUAUACAAUACGCCUGUAAAGUGAUUAAAGUCGACAAUCAGACCAAAGACGGCAAAAUGGACGACGACUCCAAACGAGAGAUAUCUAUAUUGAAAAACCUGAAGCACUGCAACUGUAUUACUAUUGUCGAUCUGUUCCGUACCAAACAUAAGGUCUACAUAAUGAUGGACUUUAUGCCGAACGGUACGAUCGGGUCGUAUGUACGCCAUAACGAUGGUAUCAGCGAAUGGCAGGCAAAAUGUUGGUUCUGUCCGAUUGCCAGAGCAGUCAGAUAUCUUCAUCAGCAUCGGGUGGCCCAUCGCGACAUCAAACUGGACAACAUAUUGCUUGACAAACACUGGAACCCUGUGCUCACGGAUUUCGGUUUUAGCCGAUUUGUGAACAUUGGUCGCGACAAUAUUGUCGACCUGUCCAACACCUAUUGCGGUACUCCGUCUCAUAAUCCGCCAGAAAUUGUCAACAAAAGACAUUACGAUCCGUUCAAAGCUGAUGUCUGGUGUCUGGGCGUCAGUCUCUAUAUUAUGAUUAAUAAGGACUAUCCGUUUGAGAAGAAAGAUCGCCGCAAAAUGUAUGACCAACAGCUUAAACGACAGUACAAACUCCGUAAUGAAGUCACUAAUGUAAUCACUGAAGACCUCAAGAAUCUCAUACAUCAGCUUCUGGAGCCAAUUCCUAAAAAGCGUAUAGAUAUUGAUAAUGUGUGUCGACAUCCGUGGUUUCCCAUCGAUUCAAUUGAUUCACAAUAUGCCCAACAAAUUGACAGAAAUUAA